UGCAAUACACCUUUAACUCCAUUACCUUUAAAAAAGAAACUUAAAAGAAAGAGUUAUUCAUAUUCUAUACAGCCAAAAACAAUCAUUCCAAUAUGAAUAGUCUUGCGUCACAUCAGCCAGCCCCACCACCACUCAUUAUCCCUCGGAGGAGACUCUCAGUCCACCAGCGACAAGGACUGACCUCUUCUCCAACUUCUUUGGAUACAGAAAGGGUAGAUCCUAUUCAUUAUUAUUACUACCCUACAGUUGCUUCGUUCGCCAACGGCUCAUACCCGCCGACUUUGUACGCAUUCGAGGCAAACAGUGCUACCAGUGAGGAUAGUCUCAUUAAAGCUUCCGUUUUUGACCACACUGCGGCUGGAAACAAUAACCCAUCUAUGUCGAUUCCCACGGCGAACAAUGCGUAUUCUUUCUCUUCUGGAACCUCCGCUGGCUCGGCCGCUACUCGGGGUCCAGCCCGCCGUCGUCAUUCUGUUGCCAAUGGGGCACCCUGGGCAACAAUCGGCCCAACAGCAACGCUGCCUCCACGUCAUGCACUACAUAUGCCUGUGAUGAAGGUUGAUCCGGCCAUUUGGAGAAGUGAGCAACACCAACGUGAGAUAUAUAGAUUGAUGCACGAGGGGCGAGAAGUGGAGGUGAUGAGGAGAAGGGGCAUUCGCAAUGUAAUGGAUACUACUACAGAAGAAGAUGAACAAAAUGAUGAAGAUAGUGGAGGGGAUAUGUUGGGAGUGGAGCAGACUGCUGAGACCCACGGAGGGUCGUCCCAAUCUUUGGGUGAACAAGAAAAGACUCGACAAGAAUGGGCUAAAAUCGUAGCAGAGCAAACAAAAGAAUAUGAAAUGAUUCUUCAGCAACAGUUACAGCAGCAAUAUGCCAACAACAAUGAGAAUCUCCAGCGAAGAAACACGUGGCCCAGACUAUUAGAACAGCAGCAGUUACAGCUCAAGAUGCCAAGCGAUGUUCUCCAUCCUAUUGUGGGUUCUUCUUCAGGUUCAUUUCAGCAGCAACACCAACUACCAGUUCCAGGACAACAGGUUCAAGGACCUAGUCAAAGGCAAGAUGGCCAUGGGUUCUCCACCUCCAUGUUUGGGCCACUAUCAAGCUCUACAGCAUGGUCUGCCGCACCCACAUUUGCAAUCGACACGCGAAAGCCAUCGUUUAUGGCCUACCGUGGAUAACAACAGACAAAAUAACAACAAAUCAAUGUUCAUACAUGUUUGCUUUUGGUGAUGUUUUUUCAAAUAAAAUAUAGUACAGUCAACAGUGGUUUUUAUGGCCAAAAUCUGCGUGAAUUUGGCCAUGAAUUUUAAAACGUGAAAAUAAAGCCACAUUUGUUAGCGCAUAU